GGAAGAGCAUGUUCUAAAACAGAUUGUGACAGUUGCUCAUCCAUUCAAGGAGAUGCAGGUCUCUCUACUGAGAAAAUCCAGCUUCUGCAGAAAGAGGAGAGAGAAAAACCCCAGCUGAGGAUCCUGAGUCCUGGUGGCCAAGCACUGAUGAAUAAGAACUCAUUGCUUCAAGCUUGGGCUGUGCUGUGGUUACAGACUCAACCCAUGACAGACACCGAAUGGAGAAACCAAACGACCAUCACAGAAUUUAUCCUCCUGGGAUUCGGGGAUCUCCCUGACCUGCAAAUUCUUCUUUUUCUAAUGUUCCUAGUGAUCUACAUGGCAACUGUGGUUGGAAACACUCUCAUCGUGGUGCUUGUUGUGACAGAUCAGCACCUUCACACCCCCAUGUACUUCUUCCUGGGCAACUUGUCCUACUUGGAGACCUGCUACACCUCGAUCUUCCUGCCUAGGUUACUGGCCAGUCUGCUGACUGGGGACAGAACCAUCUCACUCAGUGGCUGCUUCACACAAAUGUAUUUCUUUGGGUUUCUGGUAGCUACGGAAUGCUAUCUCCUAGCAGCGAUGUCUUAUGAUCGGUAUUUAGCGAUAUGUAAACCCCUGCACUAUUCAACUCUUAUGAAUACCAGGUUUUUCCUCCAGUUGGCUGCUGGGUCAUGGUUAAAUGGUUGUUUGGCUACUACCAUCCUUAUAUUAUUUAUGUCACCAUUAAUAUUCUGUGGCCCGAAUGAAAUUGACCACUUCUAUUGUGACCCCAUCCCAUUGAUAAAACUCUCCUGCAGUGACACACACCUGAUCAUAUUGAUGGAUUUCAUGCUAGCCUGUGUAUUCACCCUGCCUCCAUUCCUACUAACCCUGACGUCCUAUGUGUGUAUCAUUGCCACCAUCCUGAAAAUCCCUUCCACCACCGGGAGGCAGAAGGCAUUUUCCACCUGCUCCUCUCACCUCAUCAUGGUGACAAUUUUCUAUGGCACAAUAAUGAUUGUCUACAUGCUACCAAAACGUGAUAAAUUUAGAGACCUGAAAAAAGUGUUUUCUCUUUGCUACACAGUCCUGACUCCCCUGGUAAACCCCCUCAUCUAUAGCCUGAGAAACAGAGAGGUCAAGGAAGCCUUGUGCAAAGCAGUCAGUAAAUGUGGCUUUCACAAAAACAUGCAGAGACUCAGAGAUAAUAACUUAGCCUGACGUUUUCAAAGCUGCCUGGGUGAUUUAAGCAAUCAGCCCACAUUAAAAUUAAAUUGAAAAGUCCCAUUGAAAAAUCUGAGCACUAAAAUGAAAAAGAAUUGGAGAUGAUCAGCAUAGCGUUACUAAGACAGUUUUUGUGGUCCCUCGCUGUGUGCAUGUAACACAACUUAUAGGAAAUUGCCAUUGUGGACAGCUCUGUCACUCUCUCAUAUUCAGCACUGACACACACUGUAUUAUGGUAUUUUUCUCCAUGGUGUUGGCAGUUCACCCUAUGUGAAAAGGGUGGACCGUGUCCAAAACUGCACAG